UAUCUAACACCACAUAUUUGUAAAAUUACUGGUAAAAUAAAAAAUAAAAAUUAUUAUUACUGAGAACUUUUUAAUUAAAUAUCAAAUAUAGUUAUAAGUUAAAAAAAAAAUGAUUGUUGUAUUUUAAUUUUUUUAUGCAAUUAAUUGAUUUUCAUUUUUCGACAAAAACGUAUGAAUUAAAUAAAUACUGUAAACUAUUAAAAAUUCUCUCAAGAAAUUUGGCUUACUCUGGUAUAAUCCAAAAAGUGCUUAAUAUAAUAAAUAUGAACAAUAUUAAUGAUGACGACACAACUUGUGGAUUAUGGCUAUUUAAGCCAAAAUGGUUACAAAUAUUUGCUAGUAAAAAGUCAUACGUCAUUCUAUAUGGAUUAUUGGGAUUUAAUCAAUCUUUUUUAUCUUCUUAUUAUAUUGGUAUACAAACAACAUUAGAAAAAAGGUUCAAAUACUCUAGUCAAAUGAGUGGUAUGAUAUCAAGUGUAUGGGACUUAUUUUCGAUAUUUUCAUUUUUAUUUGCGUCCUACUAUGGUGGCAAAGGUCACAGAGCUCGGUGGUUAGCUAUUGGAUUUUUACUUGUUGCCUUGUCUAACUUCAUUCGAGUUUUACCACAUACGAUUUAUGGACCUGGUAGCGAUGUACUAAAAUACACAAAAGAUUACAAUCGAGCCCUGAUUAUAAAUUCAUCAAUAAUUAACUCAACAAUAAACAACAACAAAUUAUGCAAUGACAAAAUUUUAUACAAAGACUGUGAAAAUUUAGAAUUUUGGAAUUUUCCCGCUUUGAUAUUAUGUGUUGCCCACGCAAUAGUUGGCUUAGGAGGCUCUGUGUAUUUUACGUGUGGAACCGCUUAUUUGGAUGAUAAUGUUAAAAAAAAUUCGGUUCCUUUAUUAUUAGCCACCACUCAGUGCAUACGAAUGAUGGGGCCUGCAUUAGGAUUUGCAUUCUCAGCGUAUACAUUAAAUAAAUUUGUCAACCCCUCUCUGACACCAGUCAUUACUAGCGAAGAUCCUAGAUGGAUAGGUGCUUGGUGGAUGGGUUGGGUACCCCUUGGAACAUUUACUAUGCUGUGUGCUUGUUUGGUAGGUUUAUUUCCUCAAGCUCUUCCUAAAGCAGUGGCUCGUAAAAAUGAACAAUCAAAGAAUAAUACUAAAGAUCUUAUGCCUACAGAUUUAAAAUCUUCAAUGAAACGGAUAUUGAGUAACAAAGUAAUGAUGUGUAAUUCAUUAAGUAGUUCAUUUUUCAUACUUGGAUUAGUGGGUUACUGGAAUUUCAUGCCAAAAUAUCUGGAAACACAAUUCCGACAAAGUGCUUCAACAUCAAAUUUUGCUUCAGGUUCCGUAAGUUUACUAUGUUCAGGAUUAGGUAUUAUUGUAUCAGGUGCCAUAAUUUCUAAAUUUAAACCAGCACCCCGAAAAUUAGCCCUAUGGAACGUUAUUGUAGAAUCCAUUGAAGUUAUGACAUACGCUUUAUUCACAUUAAUAGAAUGUUCAUCCAACGAUUCUUUAAAUGGACAUUUUAAUGUAGACAAUAAGUGGAAUUUUUCAAUGAGCUGUAAUGAUAAUUGUAAUUGUGAUCCUACCAUUGAUUAUAAUCCCAUAUGUUCAUAUGAUAAUACUACCUCAUUUUAUUCAGCAUGUCAUGCUGGUUGUUCACAAUCUAGAAUAGUCGACGGAAUAAAAUGGUACAGCAAUUGCACAUGUAUAAGAGGCAAGGGAAUGGCAUACGAAGGACUUUGCCCAGCUAACUGCAAUCAAAGCUUCAUAUUUUUUCUUAUAAUAUUGGGUUUUAUAAGAUUUAUUUCAUCAACAGGUCGCUCAGGCAAUUCUAUUAUUCAACUCAGAAGCGUCGAUGAACAAGACAAAUCUCUCGCUUUAGGUUUUACUGAAAUGUUAGUAACCUUCGUGGGUUUUUUACCAGGUCCAAUACUUUAUGGAACAAUUUUAGAUACAACAUGUCUUAUUUGGAGUUAUAAUUGUGGGAAAAGAGGAAAUUGUUGGCUCUAUGAUAGAAAACUUAUGAAAUACUAUUUAAACUCGAUAAGUAGUGGUUUUCUUGUAAUUGGAACUCUUUUUGAUGUUGGAGUAUGGUACUACGUAAAAGACUUAAAAAUUUAUGAUGAAGAUAAUGAUUUGAAGCCUAACGAAAUUUGUAAUAGUUCUAGUAUGGAAGCAAUUGGUAGCUUAGACAAUUUAGAAAUGAAAACAUUGAAAUAAACUAAUCACUAAUUGUACGAAAAAAAAAGAGUAAUAUGUUUAUGUAUAAUAUAGUCUACAUUUUUAGCUUCAAUGCAAAGCUUAGAAAAUA